AUGGGAGGACUAUUAAGAUCAGCUUUUAGUGUUAAUGUGCCACCCAAUUUUCCAACUUUUGAAGCAAGAGAGGAUGGUGAAUGGUAUGAGGAGCCCGUGUCAUACGACACAGAUGUUCAAUAUGAUGAUUUUACAAUAGAAGAAGAUGCGACAUAUAAGAAGCUACUUCAAGCUUCUGAGGAGAAAUUAUAUGAGGGGUGUAUUAAUUUUUCAAAGUUAUCUUUUCUUCUACACUUAUUUCACUUGAAGUGUAUGCAUCACUGGUCCAUUGAAUCUUUCAAUAUGCUCUUGAAGCUGAUUUUAGAUGCAUUUCCUCAAAUACUUGAUUUUCCCUCGUCUUAUUAUUACAGUAAGAAAAUGAUAAAAGACUUGGGCCUUGGGUAUGAAAAAAUUGAUGCUUGUCCUAAUGAUUGUAUGCUGUAUUGGGGUGAAUUUUUAGAGAAAGACAAGUGUCAUGUUUGUGGUAAAUCGAGGUGGAAAACAACCAAGGGUAAGAAGAGUGACGAUGUAAGUGAUCAAGGUACGAAUACUUGUAAGAAAGGUGUGCCAGCUAAGGUAAUGCGAUAUUUUCCUCUUAUCCCAAGACUAAAAAGAAUCUACAUGUCAUCAGAAACAGCAGAAAAUAUGAGAUGGCAUGAUACAGAGCGAUUGGGUGAAGAUGAUAAGAAGAUUUUGAGGCAUCCUUCCGAUGCCAUAGCGUGGAAGGCAUUUGAUGAGCGUUAUACAGAUUUUGCAUUAGACCCUCGUAGUGUUCGAUUAGGUCUUGCGAGCGAUGGGUUUAAUCCUUACCGUUUAAUGAACACUACUUAUAGUACAUGGCCAGUGGUGUUGAUUCCUUAUAAUCUUCCACCAUGGCUAUGUAUGAAACCAUCUUCUUUCAUUUUGUCCACACUUAUUCCCGGAAAAGCAAGUCCUGGAAAUGAUAUUGGCGUGUAUUUGCAACCAUUAGUUCAUGAGUUGAAAUUGCUGUGGGGAGGGGUUGAAGCUUUUGAUGCUUUUGACGGAGUGAAAUUUAAUUUGCGCGCGGCUCUGCUUUGGACUAUUAAUGACUUUCCUAGCUAUGCAAUGCUCUCUGGUUUGAGCACAAAAGGUUACAAUGCAUGUCCUAUAUGCAUGGAUUCCACACCCUCUGAUAGAUUUGGGAACAAGAUUUGUUAUUGUAGCUAUAGAAAAUGGUUACCCGCAGAUCACCCAUAUCGACGUCAGGGUGUAAAGUUUUGUGAGAAGUUUGGAACUAAUGAGUUGGGUGAAGCCCCAUCUCGUCCUAGCGGCACUGAUAUAUUGAGGCAACAAGAAAAGGUCGAGUAUGUUUAUGGAAAGUCAAAGGCACCACCGAAAAAGAGACAAAGAGGACAUACUGAUAACAAUGAUGUCCAAGAUGAAAUUGUCUUUGGUACCUAG